AAGAGCUUUACCCCUGCCGCCAAUUUCUAGAGGCGGGGCAGCCAUGGAGACAGGAAUAUUAGGGGAUGUAAAGUGUCUGAGAAAGAUUCUUCUCUUUGCAUUUUCUGUCCAAGACAAGAACACAUGGCGGGGGCUUCAGCAUUUUGAGAUUGUCUGAUCUGAGUGGCUCUGGCCAACAGAGCUGUGCAGAGCCGCCCAUCAUCGGAUCCAGCAUUUGAUCAGCUCUUGCUAACUGGAAGUGUUUAAGGAUUUAACAGACACAUUUCUGGAUGAGGAGCAGAAAUUGCAACUCUGCCAUUGUGAAAUAUUUAUCAGUGGCUGAAGAAACAGAGCCAGGAGCACACCAAAGGAGCUUGGACGUCCCACACUGAGCAUUGUGGACUAGUCAUGGACAGCUGGACUAUCCAGGGUGACAGCUACACCUUCCUGCGCAGCGCACCACGCACCUUUUCUCUAUGUCACCGUGACGGCACCCCUAACCACGUCGAAAUCUUUGACAUUAUCAACGUCCCCACUCAGCGCAAUUCCAUUUCCGAGACCACCUGUUUGUGUGACAUUUUUGGAGACGACUGUGAGUCACCGUCCCUCUCGAGCAGCCCCGCCACCGCAGCCUUUGUCCCUGCCCAGAGGGCGGUGGAGGACACAGCAGCUGCAUCCCCCCUUCUGGAUGAUGUGAAUGAUUCCUCUGGCUCCUAUCACACUGCUCAGGGCUUCAGUGAAGAAGAAGAGGAAGAAGGCUUCGAUGAGUCAGGAGACAAGCUUUCCAGUCCCACAUUGGAGGAAAAGAGAGACCUGGAGGCAAAAGGAAGCAAAUCGCCAUCCCUUCAGUUUGCCUCAUCGUCUCCAGGUCUCAGCAGUAGAGAGAGGACCCCAUCUCCUGGACAGAAUGGCUUCAUUACGUUUGGUCCAGGUGGGAGGCUGUCAUCCUCGUCUUCCUCUUCAGCUGAAAAAAGACUCUCACCUUCAUCGCCUAAACCAAAACAAUCUGAAGCAGAACCAAAAGCAAUAAGUAAUUCAUCCACAGACAGAGACACUAACAACCAAUCUUCAACUCCCAGUCUGUCCCCCUGCAAAGACUUGCUUGAAUCAACAGACAGUCUCUUAAAUGAAAAUAUCAGUCCGUCUCCUGAUCUCAUACAGAGUUCUCCAGGUUUUACAGAUUCAGAUUUUAAAUCUGGAAGCACCCUUUCCUCUCCUUUACCUUCACUCAGUGGUACAGAAAUAGUAUUUCACUCCAGCCCAGUUGACCCUGAGUUUAGAAAUAGUUCUCCCUUCACUGACACUCAAGUAUCACCUUCUUUCCCCGAAUUAGGAGGGAGGGUAUCUUUACCUGAUCUUUUUAGCAGAGACUCCUCACCUGAACUUAAAGACCCCCCCUGCAGCCCUGAAAUAAGUUCAGAUCUUUCCAGCACAGGCCGAAACCCCUCUAGAACUCCCGAGAGCCAGAAAACGAGGUUGUCUGUAGAACAGGAGAGCAUCACUUCCACACCUGGGCCUCGAUACACCCCCCCAUCGCCCGUCAUUUCCAUGUCAACAUCUGCUGAGCUUGGAGAAGGUACCUUUUCACCUGAAUUAAGACACAUAAGCGAAUCACCAUGCCUACUCAGUUCAGCCUCUUCAGCUAAAACCGGAACAAGAAGUCCAUCACCUGAGCCUGCAGCUGUACAGAACAGUUUUUCUGAACCUGAAAUCCAGAUGUCUUCCCCUGUGGUUGAUUACAGUUUAUCUCCAUCGCCUGGAGUCAAUGAAAGCAGUUUUCCCUUUCACAACAGAUAUACCUCUCCCUCUCCGGAGAUCAGGAUUACAGCAUCCUCACCUGAAGUCGGCUGGAAAGAACAAGCAACUAGAGAUCAGGCAACAUCGCCCGUCUCAGAGACUCACUUUGGCUCUAACUCACCAAGAAGCUUCACCUCCUCCUCUCACAUCACAGAAAUUUCUUACUCCGCAGGUCAGCUCGAAGACAGGGAGAGCCCCCCGUUUCCAGAACUUUCUAAUCUCUCAACUCCAGAGCCAGAUGUUACUCUGAUGUGCGACAUAAAUAGAGUGGGUAGCAGAGCAGCAGAGUCUGCUGCUUCUCCAAGAGACUCCCCUUACACAUCAGAAUUAACAAGUUCUCUUCCACCAUCUGACAUAACUGAGAGUCUUCAACCCAGGUACCAUACCCCCUCACCGACGUCAAAUGGUCUCACCCAUUCACCUGAAGGAAGAUUUCAAACCCAUUUGUCUGACAAGCUUCAAAGUCGUUCUCCUCAACUCAGAAGCAGAGAUCAGUCCCCUGUUUCUCCUUUACCUGAACAGAGGUACCAGCAUUCGGCAGAGAUCCCCUCCACCGACUAUAACUCUGUGUAUGCACAAUCAACAGUAAGAAACAAACCGGAAGUUGUACCAGAUUCCUUCCCAGCAGAUUUCACAGAAAUCCAGAACCUCACAAGGUCAGAAAAAGACAGUCAGUCACCCUCGCUUGAAAAUGGCCAGACAGCCAAAGCAGUUCCCGAAGGAUUUAAAAAUAAUUCUCCUGCAAUAUCAGACAACGUUGUAAUCGGGUCACCAAUACAAGACACGACAGAAAGAGAAAAAAUAGCAGUGGAAGUUGAUGUUCUGGACAGAUUAAAUUCAGUUUCUUCCAUUAACAAAAAUCUCAAAACCCAGUCCCCACUUUUCUGUGACAAAGACAUGAACUCCAUAUCCUCCAAUCCUGUAAUCUCUAAAGACAGCACCCCAAACAUUUCACCUCUUCACCAGACUUCAUCCGUGUCAAAAAACCAAAACUCCAUUCCACAGUCCACUUCUCAUCCAUGGACUAGAAGCAGCAACUUCUGUCCACCCAAAUGUAUGCCGGAGGUCUGGAGAAGACAGCCAAUAAAGAAAAUCCUAUGUGAAAACAGGGAGAGAUCCACAGAGGAUUUCUCCCACCGUGUAAACAGACAGCAGACUCCUUCCCCGCCCCUCACAAGGUUUACACCUGUCCACAUCAUAGCCCCCCAGAAACCCUGCAGACAGUGGCAAAAGAGAAGCAAAAGUCCGUCUCAUGUUUUACCAUCAUCAACUUGUGACAACUUAAAGAAAGCUGCACCAAACAGGGAGGGCCCCAGUAUUGACUCUUCUGACAAUAAUAGCCAGACUGACUCAGUGGGGCUUGGAAGGCAAUUGGAGAUGGAGAGGGAAAUGUCGCUGGAGCAGGAGGGAGCCAAAGGUAUGGAGAGGCAGAGGGAGAGGGAGGAGCGGGAACCUGAGAGAGGGGAGGGAUGGCAGGGGGUUGCCAGUUACAGAGGGGAACAGGUUGAGCUGUCAUUCAGUGCCAGGAAUAGAAAAGGACCUGUGAGUUGGAGUGCAGCUCCCACAAGCAGAAAGACCCGUCAGGGACUGCCAACAGCACAUUCCUGUUCAGAGAGCUUGCUAGCAACAAGACAGACACAGCAGCAGCAGCAACAGGGUCUGCUUAAACUUAACUCCCAACGAGACAUCAGGGGUGGAAGUGCCAAGGGACGGCUUCAACCUCCUGCAACCCAGAACAGGAAAAGUGCUCCUGGACGUGAGGCUGCAAACAGACCCUGUCAGAGUUCCAGCUCCAGCAUGGGAAGUGAACUUGAUGAAGCAGACAGUGAGGUGAAAUGGUUUACAGACUUUGCCUCCCGCAGCUUGUCCAGCUCUGAAGUAGACUACCUUGACAUGUACAACUCCAGCUGCCGAUCGUCCACAAACAUUUCUCAACCGUCCACCCAGGAGAGCCCAGCUGGAGUCAACCCUGCCUGGAUGGCCUAUGCUGACUUCAGGGGCUCGGCCCCAAAACUGGACUGUGAGGAACCUUCCUUCCAACAGUCACCUGCAUACAACUUAGACGGCCUUGAUCCAUCAAGACGAUAUGAGUUGGGAAGCUUUGAAUGCAUAGAUGUAGCUGUGGAGAGAGAAGACCACAGGCAGGUGAGAAGAGGAGUGCCAAAGAGACAAAUCCAGCUGAAAAGAAGGAAUAAUGGCGAAGGAAAGCAGGGAGAGAGCAGUGAGAAUAGCAGUCCAGGACUACCCACGUCAAUGGAGAGCCCCUCUCAAGAAACACAAACAAGAAGGUCCUUCAUAAGACAGCACAGUACGCCUGCCGCAAUACAAGAAUUUUGUCCUUCUGAGAGCAACCUUCAGAACACUCAGCAAAAGGAAAGACAAUCGAAAUUCCAGAAAUCUGCUUCUAUGGAUGAGACCACCUCCAAAACCAAGAUGGCCUCUUGCCUCAUCAAGAGUGUGCUGUCCAAGAAGAUGCAAGGUGUUGACAGAUACAACGAUGAGCAAACGGGUGAAAGCAGGAGCCCACCAACAGACAUUUCAAGAGAAUCCCUGAAACUCGACUCACACAACAUGCCUUCCAACCUUCAAACAAAUCAAAGUUUUGAGGGUCACACUGUGAGAGGAGAACUAAAUACCAAGGAUGAAGCUAAACCACCCAAGAGCCAAGGAGUCAGACUAAGCAACAGACCGAGUUCAUCCAGCAGCAGCAGAAGUGUCACCUUUUCCCAGACUGACAGCGAAGAGACUGAUUCGCAGAGCAGGAAUUCCACACCGUUAAGAUCAGAGAUGAAGUCUGAAUUAAAAGUGAUGCUUGACAGCAAACAGUCUAAAUCCGGAUUACACCAGAGUAAAACAACUGAAAGGGAUUCAGGCGAUUCAGCAAAUACCACUUCUGGAGACACUGGAAACUCUGCUAUAGGAGGCAGCAACAAAGCCGUGAGGAUGACAGACCAAGAGCUCAAGUGUGAAAAUGAAGGUGAUCACAAACAGUCACAUCACUGCGACAGGAGCACCAGCUCACCCAAAAUACAGGACAUUACCCUGAAAGCUGUGGAGAAGAAGAAAACCUCUUUGGAUGUCUGUCUAACACCAGAGGCAGAAAGCAAACCUGGACCAUUUUCCCCCGACCAGCCUGUGAAAGAGGCAAGGAUUGAGAAAGAGGAGAAGGAGAAAACAGGAGAAAACGAGGUGGAAAAUAAUGGAGUGAAGGCUCCCAUUCACGUUGUUAGAGAUGUGAGGCGUCUCGUCAAAAAUACUUACAAUCUUUCCUUCAAGGCAGCCGAUGGUGCAAGGCCUUCAAGCUCAACUGAAGGAGUGAUUGAAAGUUUAAAUGAAAAAGGGGGAGUGGAGAUCACAUCUGGUGAGGAAAGAGAUGUUAAAGAGGAGACAACAAGGGAGGAGAGAGAAGAGGAAAAGAAAGAGGAGACAAAGGAUUUGAGAAUGCAGGCCUCAUCUCCUCUGGAAAGAAGCAAAGAAAAUUCACAGCCAAUUCAUAUAGAAUGCAAGGCAGUUUGUUGGAAAAAUGAUAAAAACAAAACGACCCCUAUCACAAAAGACACAGGUAACAAACCUCAGGUUUCUUUAAAGUCUGUUACAGAAGUGAACAGGGAGCCCCGAAACUCCAUCAAAACCACAUCUGAUUGGUCUGCAGGACAAAAAGAGACUCCCAAGCUGUGUGAACAAGAAAAGAACGUCACAACAGAAACACAAAAAGCUGAGGGGGAAAUCCCCAAAAUGCAAGAAAACAAAGACAAAUCAGUGGGAGCCAAAGCAGAGAAAAAACCUCCCGUGGUCGGAAACCUUCCAAAACUUCCCAGUAAGGAGAGAGAAGUGUCGACUGCUGUUGUAUUAAUCAGAGAAAAAACAAACAAAAGCAGCACGUCCCCAUCUCUUGCUCAGGUAGAGACCACAGCUUUAAGCCAAGAUUCAGUUCCUUCCUCAAUUUCCCCUGGACUCACCACCCCUGGUAGUAGGCCUGGCAGUGGAGGUCACUCAGUUUCCAUGCUGCUAAAGGAGAAAGGCUACCAGGCGGAUAUAGGAGCAGUGGUUGGGGUUAACCACAACUCAGCUGGUGGUAAAGGGCUUCCUCGUAAACACGUGAACUCUCUAGAAAUCCCCCUUCAGACGGCGCCUCCUUCAGAUGGCGGUCAGGUUGAUGUUCACAGAGAAAGGAAAUUCUCUUCCCCUUCUUCAGGCCCCUCUGCAGUGGCGGACACCUCAGAGGCUCUCACUCAACGCAGAGAAGAUGUGGGACUUAGCGUCAAGCCUCCAGAGAAAGAUCCCUCAAAGCUAAGAAACAGUGCACAGGAGCAAAAAAACCUUCCUUCCAAACAGAAGGACGCAGUAGAUUUUGAACCGGUGAAAAGGUUUGAUCCAACUUUUCCCCCCAGAUCUCCUGCAAUUAGAAAAUUUAAAUCACAACCAAUCGAGGUUAAAUCAUUAUCCAAAGAACCACAGAAGCCAGAGAUGCCCACAAAUUCUACGGGCAACCAGAAACCUCAGGCUAUUGAGGUGAAAUCUAUUGCUAAGAACUCCCAAAAACCAGUUGUUCCCCCAAAACCGAGCUGCAAGUUUAAGCCAGCAGAUUUUGGAACUAAUGAGCCACACACGGCAUCAGCAACAUCAUCAUCAACAGGCAAACCGCAGAGUGAGGAGAAGCCUCAGACUAUUGUGAUUAGCUCACCCACGAUCUAUAGAAAGAUUUCCAACGACUCCACAUCCUCGUCAAACUACUCGAGGAAGCUAGCCGUGUCUGCAGUGUCCAGCUGUAAACCUCCAGCUCACAGAAUGGCAGCAGCCACCAUCAACAGUUUCUCAAACCAGUUAUCAGACACUGAAGCAUCUACUGAAAGAAGACAGCAACAAACAGCAUUACCUCAAAUCUCUAACCACGUUCAGAAACCAAUUCCUACCAGAGUAGAGGAUUCAGAUGAGACCUCAACGUCAGCUCCAGCUUCUGACCCAAAAACAGACCAAGUUCCUGAAUCUACUCCUGUUAGAGCCAACCAAGCUACUCUCUUGAGUUCAGACAACCAAAAGCAGUUACCCAGGAUGUCACGUCCUGAGCAAGCCAAGGCUGUUACUACCAACAACGCCAAACAAAGUUCUGGUGUUUCCACCUCACAAGUUCCCAGAUACACACAACAAACGUAUCACCAAUCCAUGUCCAGCAAGUGCACCCUACAAACAGAGGAUCUACGUUUUUUUGCUUCAGAUGAUCCUCCAAGUUACGAAGAACGGGAGAGUUUCAGUCCGAUUCUGCUCCCAGAUCUGGCUCCUCAAAGGCCAAAUCGCUAUCAAUCCUCAACUCGCGCUCCGCCCUGCUCCUGCUCCGCUGGCUGCCCCUCUCAUCCCGGCCUGGCUCCUCUUCACCAUCACCACAGCACUCAUAACAUCACCCCACCGGCCCCAACGCACUCUCCAGGACAGCCACUGCCCUAUCAAGUGGAUCCGCCCCCUCUGCGCCCCCACCAGUGCAGGCCGGAGCCACAUCCAAUAACUUACCAGUCAAGUUCUCCAAAGUCAAGCUCUCUUUGUCUAAGCCAACCACCCUCAAUGUAUCAUCCUCCGUACCAGCCGGCCCCCUGCCCUCCUCACGCCUCGCUCAUGCCUGCGUGCCCUGCUGAGCGCCCUCUGCAGCCCCCCCAGCACAUUGACCCCAGACGACCCCCUGCCCAUAAGUCCCCCCAUCAGCAGCAGCCACCAAACAUUUCUGGGGCACUGUACAGUGACCCUGGCCAUGGUCACUCUCCUGGCCUUCCUCCAGUUGAUACUCAGUACCUGUGUGGCCCUCAAAGCAUGGGACCAUCCUAUGGCUCUGACUAUGGAGGUGACACCUCAAGUUUGUACUCAGAAAGUAACUAUGGACAAACACCACGCAGGGUCCUCCUUGAUCCUGAAACAGGAAAGUAUUUUUACAUUGAGGUUCCUGUUCAGCCACUGAGGAAAAUGUUGUUUGACCCGGAGACUGGGCAAUAUGUGGAAGUGCUUAUCCCACAGCAAACAAUGUCACACUCAGGUCUGUAUCCUCCCUCUGCAGCCCCCUUUUCACCACUCCACACCCCCAACAUGUACGCUCCUGCUCCACAGUACAUGCCCUGUGCAGCUCCUCCCCCAUUAGCCCACUCCCAGGUCCAGCCACCCAGAUACCCCGAGCCGUCGGCUGCAACAGCGAUACACACAGCUGUGCGUGGAGUCAGUUACAGGAAUCCCUCAGCUCAGGGAUCCAAACCGAUCCAAACAGAGCACCAGAAUCACUCAUCUUUGGACCACAACUACCUGGAGAGUAUGUAUUAUGUUCCCACAGGGAUGAAUGCAAGCCCAAAUCCCACUCCACCUGACUACUACCACAAACAUCCUUCAAACUUAGCCCCAUCAGGGGGAAAAAGGUCCUGAAAUAGAGGUUGGAGCCCGCCUUCCUGGAGCCAGUUAAGUUUAAAAUACACUAAGAGGGAUUCUAAUGUUAGGCGGAAAUGUUAUUUGAGUUUUUGCAUUACAACUGAAGAUGGCAAUUAUUCUAUUCUGUAUUUUUGCUCUAGGAUGUUUUGUUAAGAAAAAAUGUGGGUUUAUUGCUUUCAAAUUAGAUAUUUUAUUACGUGCACUUCAAACUUACGUUUUUUAUUUUUUAUGUUGGAUAAAAAUUCAACACUGUAAUAACUACAGUGAUGCAUCCUUACAUUUCUUAAUGCUUUUUCUCAUUAAACUGCUUUCAAAAACUUGAAAAUAUUGUUUAAAUAAUCUUCUUUAAACUAGUUACUUUAUUGUUGGAUGAGCACAUUUGCGCAGGUUUACAACAAUGUAAUUAAAAAUGUCUAAUAUUCAUUGUUCUUUUCACGUUUUCUCUUUAAACAUGUGGUUCUGAUUAAAUUUUUUAAGAUCUACUAAAACCUUCUAUUUUUUAAUUUUUGUGUCAUAAUUCUGAUAAGUCAAGUGAAUGUUUUCAAAAUAUAAAAAAAUGUGUUUGCAAUACAUGUUGUUGUGGUCUGUCUUCAAGUAUUCAACCUAAAAGAAUUGUAUGACCCACACUACAGCCCAUACUACACUGAAAUGGAUGCCAAAUAUUAAUAAAUACUCAUGGAAGGAAAA